GUGUAUCACAGAGUGCUCGCCUGGGCCUCAUGCUUUUCUCAUUGUGUUCAAAGUGGAGAAAUUCACAGAACAGGAAGAAGCUGUCAUCCACAAAAUGACUGAAUACUUCUCUGAAGAUGUGUUCAAGUAUUCAACAGUUGUCUUCACUCAUGGUAAUGCUCUCCCCAAAAUGAAGACUAUCAAGGAUUUAGUGAAGCAAAAUGAGUUUGUGAGUCAUUUAGUAGAAAAGUGUGGAGGGCGGUGCCACGUCAUUGAUAACAAACACUGGAACAAUCAUCCAAAAUGGACAUACAGAAGCAAUAAAUUUCAGGUGAAUGAGAUACUUAAAUCAAUAGACAAGACAGUGGAAGUGAACAAUGGAAACUGCUACAUGAACGAGAUGCUGCAAUUAACUGAGGAAUUGAUUCAACAAGAAGAGAAGCGUAUUGCUGAAACAUCAGAAAACAUGUCAGAAGAAGAAAUCAGGGCAAUGGCUAAAAAUGAAGUGAAUAAAAUUUUAAUCCAAGCAGCAGGUAUCACUGUCGGUGCACUGCUGGGAGCUUUAUUUGGAGUAGUACUACCUGUUGUACUUGUUGCUGCUGGUGUAACGGGUGGGAUGAAAUCAGCAGUAGGAAAAGCAGCAGCAGCACUAACCCUAGGUGCAGGAACAAUAGGAGCAGGGGGAGCAGGAGCACUAGCUGCAGGAGCAAAAGCAGUAGCUGCUGGAGCAGUAGCUGCAGGAGCCGAAGCAAUAGCAGCAGGAGCAGCAGUGGCAACAGGAGCAGAAGCUGUAGCAGCAGGAGCAGUAGCUGCAGGAGCAGCAGCUGCAGGCGCAGAAGUUGUAGCUGCAGGAGCAGUAUCUGCUGGAGCAGCAGCUGCAGGCGCAGAAGCAGUGGCAGGAGCAGGAGCAGUAGGAGCAGGAGCAGUAGGA